AUGUGGCAAUUCCGCCAAAACCUCUUCCUUAGUUGGGUUAAUAAUUCACACGAACCGAAUUUUUUGAGGAACAUACCGAGAGAGGAUUGGAUUUGGUUAGACAAUGUGUGGUUGGUAAACAAAUAUUGCUUUUUGGCAAUGCACGGAAUAAAUCAUCCAAUAUUCAAUAUGAUUCUACAAGAUUAA